GGAAUCUGACAGUUAGAAAUUGUUCGUUAAGUGUUGUGCAUUAGCUCGUAUUUCUUAAGUUUUUGAUUGUUUGUAAAGUGGUGUAGUAAAUUUUAAAAAGUUAUUUAUAAAAAAAAAAAAAAAUAAAAUGCAAAUACAAGGGAAACAGUCAUACAAAAACCAGAUACGGACUAGAAAUAAACAUUGUUUGCGAAAAAACGUUUCCAGUGACAUAGAUACACAACCGUCGUCACGUUGUUUAUCUUCUUUAGCCGCUCCACUAGCUCCAAGGCUUUUGUUGCCAUCCAUAUUGCCGCUUGAAAAAAGUGGAAAAUCAAUGCUUCAUCAUUUUUUAUGUUGUCCAACUGGACUCCAACCUCGCCGUAACAAUUAUAGUGCACCAAAUUCACCCCGCUUCUACCGAAAAGUUCAAAGCCUUCCUAUACUCGUGUUGUCUCUAAUUGUUAUUUUUGAAUGCUUUUGUGUUGGAAUCUGUGCAGAAAUCGAAAGUAAAAGUGCUUUAUUAAGUGGGGCAUUGAAAACGUCAGGAGACGAUGUUCUACCAAGAAUUAUUGAAAAACAGAAUUAUGCAGCAUUGGCGCAAUUCUCCGACUCUCACAAUUUGAAAAAUCGUAUUGUGCGCGAUACCUCGGGUGAUGAUCUAAAAAUUUUUGGUUUUCGUAUAGAGUCCAGCAACAAUGAAAUAGAAUAUCAUGAGGGUGGCGUGCCGAGCGUUCUUAAAGAUAGUGAAUUCACAAUGCGAAUUUUCGGUAAAGGCAUUACCCCAGAUACAGUUAUAACAUUUACUGCCAUCUCUAAUACGUUUGGUGGAAAAUGUCAGAUACCGGCGACAUUGUUGUACAAACCCUUAGAAGGUUCAGCGACCAACGAAACUGCUGUCUAUCGCUUGUCUCUCCCAAAACUGGAUACGGCAAUGACCAAUGGCAGCGAAACAUUUUACUUGUGUGCCAAAAAUGAUCCACAAAUGGAUGUGGGAACCGCUACGGAUACGAAGCCAAUGGUACAUCAAGGGGAAAAUGUUCAUCUUCAGAUGCGGACUUACGAAAAUUUGCUACCGCUCUGGCUGUCAAUUACUAUCAUCCUUGUUUGUUUGGGUUUCUCUUCAUUGUUUUCAGGCCUUAACUUAGGUCUGAUGUCACUUGAUCGGACCGAAUUAAAGAUCUUGUGUAAUACCGGUUCGGCUCGCGAACGUCAAUAUGCCAGAGUUAUUCAGCCAGUCCGCGAAAAAGGCAAUUUCCUACUGUGUAGUAUUCUCUUGGGAAAUGUGUUGGUGAAUUCCACAUUCACUAUUCUUUUGGAUGGGCUAACAUCUGGCUUAUUUGCUGUUAUUGUAUCAACGCUUUCAAUCGUUAUAUUUGGCGAAAUUACACCACAGGCUGUUUGUUCUCGCCAUGGUUUGGCGAUCGGCGCAAAAACAAUUGGCAUUACGAAAGUGGUAAUGGUACUCACAUUCCCAAUGUCAUAUCCAAUUUCUAGAAUGUUAGAUUGUGCUUUGGGUGAAGAGAUCGGUAAUGUUUAUAAUCGCGAACGUCUUAAGGAAUUGGUGAAGGUCACAACCGGUGUUAAUGACCUCGAUAAAAAUGAGGUCAAUAUUAUUUCGGGUGCACUAGAGUUGCGGAAAAAGACUGUAGCCGAUGUGAUGACACACAUUGAUGAUGCUUUCAUGUUAUCACUUGAUGCUGUUCUAGACUUUUCAACCGUAUCGGAUAUCAUGAAGUCGGGUUAUUCUCGUAUACCUGUCUACGAUGGCGAUAAGAAAAAUAUCGUUACCUUGCUGUAUAUUAAGGAUUUGGCAUUUGUUGAUACUGAUGACAAUACACCAUUGCGCACGCUAUGUGAAUUCUAUCAGAAUCCUGUACAUUUCGUUUUUGAGGAUAUGACACUUGAUCUUAUGUUUAACCAGUUCAAAGAUGGUACUAUCGGUCAUAUUGCAUUUGUACAUCGCGUUAACAAUGAGGGUGAUGGUGAUCCGUUCUACGAAACAAUCGGUCUAGUAACGCUUGAAGAUGUUAUCGAAGAAUUAAUUCAAGCUGAGAUAGUUGAUGAAACUGACGUGUACAUCGACAAUCGUACAAAGGUUCGACGAAACCGUAGCAAAAAGCAAGACUUUUCAGCAUUCGCUGAGCGUCGUGAGAAUCAAAAGAUACGCAUCUCGCCGCAACUCACCCUUGCUACGUUCCAGUACUUAAGUACAUCUGUCGAUGCCUUUAAAAAGGAAAUUGUUUCCGAAACAAUCUUACGGCGCCUACUUAACCAAGAUAUUAUCCACGCCAUCAAGUGCAAGGGUAAAAGCAAGGAUGAUCCUCGUUUGUUUAUUUAUCAACAAUCAAAGCCUGUGGAUUUCUUCGUACUUAUUUUAGAAGGUCGUGUAGAAGUGACCGUCGGUAAAGAGAACUUACUCUUCGAAAGUGGUGCAUUUACUUAUUUCGGUACCGCAGCAUUACAACCAAAUGUCGUUGUUGAUUCGCCCACUCAACAACUACGUGGUUCUAUUCAGUCAUUGAACAUUGAUGCGAAGAUUCGUCAGACAUUUAUACCUGACUAUUCGGUGCGUGCAGUCACUGAUGUGGUUUACAUCGCUAUAAAACGUAGCCUUUACUUAACUGCCAAGAAAGCGACACUUUUGGAAAAGACCCGUAAGAGUGGCAUUGAACUGAACAGUGAAAUCACUGAUGACGAAGUCGAAAGGUUAUUGCAUUCGGUGACCGAAGAUGAAAUAAGAACGCGCCACAAUCAUAAGACAUCAGGAGUAACCGGUAGCAACACGGCCUCACCAUCAUUAAAUGACGUAUCCUUACAGAGUCAUAGUAAUGCACCGCCGCCGCACAAUUUGCAUAGCAGUAGUAGUGGUGAAGUCUUGGAUGUGGGCUCUUUGAGUAGCCAAGUUACAUCGGAUCCAGUAAAUGAUCACUCAGAUCACAAUGGCGAGCGGGAGAAUGUUGCUACUACACCACUUUUGCCUAAGCCUAGCGAUAUCGCUAACAACAAAUAACAACAAGCCUAACAACCAACGCUGUUAACUCAAAAGUGUACAUACGCAUAAGAGUAGAGAAGUAGCAAGACAUUGAUGCUUGUUGGUUUGUCUGUUUUCUUUUUUGGUUCUAGAUAUCACAGCGUUUUAAAAAUCCUCAUGCACGCUCCAUUUACCACCGUCAACGUUUUUACGACCAUCGACAUAAAGCGUAACAUACACCAGCAUACAUAUAUAAGUGCGGAUUUCAGUGUCACCUCUUCCAAUAUAUCGUACAUACCAAUACAAAUAUGUACUUAAUUACAAUACGACUAAUACCUGCGCAUGUUAAUGUAACACUUUACCAGUAUCGUUGUCAACUACCGCAAGAUAAUUACCCUUUCACUUGUUAUACUUAUCCUUUUACUAUGCAGCGUAACUUUUGUAACUCUAUAAAAUGUUCAGAUUUAUUUAGAUUUCUCUGAACACGCCGUCAUGCUCUAGUUUUCGUUCUUUAAAAUUAGCUUAAGCGUAAAAUCUAAUGAUAAUCAAGAUGAAUCAAUUAAUUAAAAAUAAUAAUGCGAAAAAAUUUCGAGAGAUACACAAGGAAUAUAUUACGUGCAUACAUAUUUUUUCAACUAAACCUAAUGGAGCAUGUAAAAGAGAAUAUUUUUUUAAAACAAGAUGUAUGUAGAAGACAAAACAAUAAGUAAAAAAACAAUAACUAUGACAAAUGCAUUUUCAGAAAGUGCUGAUAACAUAAAGAAAAUUUAAUUUUACACUCUUACGAUUGCAUCGAGAAAUUGUGCUUUUGACUAAACUUCCAACGACAUUUUGGCAUAGCGCAGGCUCAAUUUCACAAGUGACAUGUUGGACAUCGCUUCUGAGCUCGGAAUAUUUCCUCCCCAGCAACUCUAAUAGAAAAAAUCCAACGGCGUUAAAUCGAAUGUUACUGGUAGCCAAUUUACAUUGUCGUGACGUAGGAUAGCGACAUUUUCAAACCGUCUCCACAAAACUCUCAUCUUUGCAGUAGUAGAUUUUCACACAUUCUUUGUGAUGUGCCUCAGUAUAAUUUUCCAUAAUUAAGCCGCCUCUAUAUUCAAUCAUAAUAUUUCUGUCCAUAGUUAAAUGCGGUCACCAAUAUUAGCGUACUUAUAUUAGUUUUAAUAGCGUGUCAAUCGAUUCUAAAAACGUCAUACUUUUUUCUGCUUUUUCUGUUUAAAGUGUUACAAUAAAAAAAAAAAACAAAGUUAGUUAAGCGGUCAGCAAAAGUCAUAAUCUUAUACAUGUGAAUUAUCUCUUAAGUGCGUCUUUUAAAACAUUUAAUGUUGAUACGAGUGACAACACAAUAAUAUAUUAUACAUACAUAAGCUUACAUACAUAUACGUUUAUAGACAUGUAUCUCAUUGACGUUAUAUCUGGAAAUGCCUUUGUCAUAGAUUAAAUCAGUAAUACGAUCGUAAACGAAGGACCAGUUAGGAAAUAUGCCUAUCAAGUUAAACCAAAAAAAUAACAAUUUUAAUGAAAAAAAACUGACUUCUGGUCGGUCAAAAAACGUAUGUAUGUAAUAAUGUUUGAAAAUUAUACCUCAGUACGUACAUUGUGACGUACGUCAAAUAAUACCUAAUGUACUUAAGAGCGAUGUGAAACAAAAGCAAAUACAAAAAAAAAAAAAAACAAAAAAAAGAACAAUUGUGGUAGUAUUGUAUGUAUCCC